AUGUCUGAAGAUACAGACAACGUGUUCGACCUUAACGAGGUCCCGGAGACGGAGCUGCUGGACAACAGCAUCCAGAAGGGCCGCGCCCAGCUGUCCAUCAAAGCCCGGAGGUCCCGCCCCUCCAGGUCCCGCUACGGAGACAGCGUGAGCUCCAUGGAAGGCGACGACAGUCUAGAGAGGAAGGAUAGUCCGUUACACUCCACUCGCUCACCUCUCCACCUGGCCAUGCAAGGGCCCACACACUCUCCUGAUUCGCUGCUGUCAGCUCGAAGCCCUGCCUUCUCUUUCGACUCAACUCUGGUGCGUAGCUCUCCGGAGGAUGAAGGAGCCUCAUUGGAUGUCCCCCCGCGAGGGCGUUACCGUCAGCUGACCAAUGCCACGUCUCAGGAGGCCCUGGUGACUCCCAGCAGUUCGCCCUCAAUGUCCUGCCCCUCCUCUGACUGCUCCCGGGUUUACAUGAGGAGGAGUAGGAGGCCCGACAGCGAAGUGUUGGUUUCUGAUUCGAGUCGGGACACGAGUCCAGCAGAUUCCGUCAGUCCGACUGUCGUCUUCGACAAGAAAACCAAGAGACGUUUCCUGGACCUCGGGGUGACGCUCAGACGUUCGUACAUCCGAGUGAGGAAAGACAAAUCCAACAGGCUCUCCAUGGGCAGCCGGGAGCCGUCUGAGAGUCCUUCUCGGUCCUCGGGGCACUUCGUCCCAUUCUCGUGGUUCACUGAAGGACGGGGGUCGCUCUCCUCCUCCGGGACUCCUCCUGGCUCCCCCAAAGCCCCCCCACUGAGCUCCCUGAGACCCCGCAAGUCUCACUCCCAGGAGUCGGCUCUCAGUGAGGAGUUCUCUCCUUCUCUUCCUCACACCUCCUCCUCUCCUCCUGUUGACUCCUCCUCCUCCUCCAGAUCCUCCCACCCUUACCACACGCUUUCCCAGUCCUCUGAUGAGCCCUUUGAAGACCCGUCCUGUCUGGUGUCCUCGUGGACGACCCAGCAGGUCUGUCAUUGGCUGAGAGGACUCAACAUGGAGCAAUACAUCCCAGAAUUCAGUGCGAGGGACGUGGACGGACAGCAGCUGCUGCAGAUGGAUGGCAACAAGCUGAAGGGUCUGGACGUUCUCAGUUCGUCCGAUCGCAACACUUUGAAGCGUCGCAUCAAAGAUUUUCACUCUGCAGCCGAAAAAGAAAGAAAAGCUCUGAGACAGAAAGAAAAACAACAAAGAAGAGACAACGAACAUUGCAGGAACUGA